AUGUCGUUGUCGAAGAAGACCAAGUUCACUUAUCAGUCUCCACUGUCUGCUGUAGAGCCCAUCGCCAUGUUUAUCCUGUGUUUCGUCGCCUCUCUCCUGAUAGCAGGCUCUCAUGCGAAGUCACUGGGAAGAAGGCAGUACCCCGUUAACAGCUGCACUGGCUUGCCUAAUUGCGCAUCGGUCUUCCUCGGUCCUGUGUGCGGAUCGGACGGACACUACUACAUUAGCCAUUGUGACAUCCACUAUCAUGCCUGUCUGCUUGCCGAACAGUUCUCCCAUGAGCCCGACUUCAAGCCCCUGACGAUAGUCGCGUGCGAUGGCAGGGAGACUGAGAAGCGGCAGUUCACGGACUCGGGCUGCCCGAUGUUCUGUAACUUGAUGUACGCUCCGGUCUGCGGCAGUAACGGACAGACCUACAGCAACUCAUGCUUCCUCAACAGCGCCUCCUGUCAGGCUACCUUCAAUAACCCCGACGACGAGCCGAUCACCCUGGCACAUCAAGGAGGCUGUAACGGGGAGGGGCUCAUCUCCCUCCCGGACAUCGGGCCUGUCAUGGUGUCAUAAACACUCAACCCGCGCGGUGGCGCUGCUGUCAGCCAGAAGCCUGG